CAACACUUUUAACGUCCUUCUCUGUCUCUCUCCGUUCAUGAGCUCCUUUAAGGUAUUUGUUUAGCUUUUGUUCGUUCUUGAAUAUUUAUGAAGGGACCUCACGAAAAAGUUGAAAACUACCUGAAAGUAGAGGGAAACCCAUCAUUUGUUGUUCCUUGCUCAAUAGUUUUUCGCUUGAUUUUCCACAAAACCACUAUCUUCUUCUCUUUCGAGCCCUACGGAAAUUUCCCCACUUUCCAAAAUCCGACUGAGAGUUGCCCUUCUGGAGACGGCACUUAAGACACGAAGAAAUCGAGGAGACAGGUUAAAUUCUGGGCGUUUCUGUGUUCAUCAGCAGUUUCCAGUCGAAAUUUCUCAACCCAAUUUCGGGGUUUUCUCAUUUUAUCUUCUGGGUUCGAGUUCGUGGGUUCUGGUGCUGAUCGAAUUCACGUGGGGUAGGGGAAUUUUCUAGGGUUUGUAAUGCGCUGCAACUGUUUUGGAGUUCUUGACAUGUGCAAAGGAAGUGAUGGCCUUGGCCAGAGAGAGGCGCAAGUUGUUUGCAUCUGUGUGGAUGGUUUUAGAGAUUGUCACCAACAAUGUGAGGGUGUUCUCAUACAACUCGUUAAGAUCUGCCACUGCUGAUUUCCACCCUUCAAACAGAAUCGGAGGAGGUGGCUAUGGAGUUGUUUACAGGGGAGUCUUGAGGGAUGGCACUCAAGUAGCUGUUAAAUCCCUUUCAGCGGAAUCUAAACAAGGAACGAGAGAAUUCUUGACCGAGAUUGACAUGAUAUCAAACAUUCAUCACCCGAACCUUGUUGAACUCAUUGGCUGCUGCGUUGAAGGGAACAAACGGAUUCUUGUCUAUGAAUUCCUCGAGAAAAACAGCCUCUCUAGUGUCUUGCUCGGUUCGAAGAGCAAAUACAUUCCGCUAGAUUGGUCCAAAAGAGCAGCGAUCUGUCUAGGCACGGCUUCGGGUCUAGCGUUUCUUCACGAGGAGGCAGAACCCCACAUUGUACACCGAGACAUAAAGGCGAGUAAUAUCCUUCUGGACAGAGAGUUUUCUCCCAAGAUUGGAGAUUUCGGUUUGGCAAAGCUUUUCCCAGACAAUGUAACUCAUGUCAGCACCCGGGUGGCGGGAACAGUGGGAUACCUGGCCCCAGAAUACGCUCGUUUAGGACAGUUGACGAAGAAAGCAGACGUUUAUAGUUUCGGGGUGCUCGUCCUCGAGAUAAUAAGCGGUUGUAGCAGCAGCAAGGCAGCCUUUGGAGCCGAGUUCUUGGUUCUCGUCGAAUGGGCGUGGAAGCUGAGAGAGGAAGGGAGGAUGGGGGAGUUGAUAGACGAGGAAAUGAGCAACUGCCCAGAAGAGGAAGUGAUAAGGUUCAUAAAAGUGGGACUCUUCUGCACGCAAGCCGCCGCCCAAAAGAGACCAAACAUGAACCAAGUGGUGGAAAUGCUCUCCAGAAAAGACAUUAACCUAAACGAGAGCGCACUGACCCAGCCCGGCGUCUACAGAGGCCGCCGCCGUGCCCGCAGCUCCCAGGAGGAGGAGAGUUCGUCGUCUAAAGGGAAAGCAGGUGGCGGUGGUCCUAAUAACCACCGGUCGUCGUCCAACUCUGUUUUCAGCUUUGGCAGCAUCACUCAUAUGGCUCCUAGAUAGAUGAUUUCAUCCCCUCUUUGAUUCAUUGCACCAUACAAUAUAUAAUACUACUAGUUAGUACCUAGUUGUUGUUUAUACACACACGUAUGCGGUGUCUGUAUUUUUUUUUUCCUUUUUUUUUUGGUAUAGCAUUUUGGCAAUUUUCUGUUGUAUUUUUUUUUAGUAGCUGUUCAUAAUUAAUGAUAAAUAAAACUGCAUUAUAUAGACGCAAUACAGUUAGUUUUGUAUUCUU